CUUCCAUUCUUCUUCUUCUUCUUCUCUAUAUUCAACCCUCCAUCCUCCCUAUUCAACUCUCCAUCCUCCCCAAGUCUUUGGUCUUCUCAUCUCUGUGGGGAAUACCUAUAUAUCAAUGGAGGACUACAGAUCCAAGUCAUGCAGAGAAGGGAGGAUGCAGAUUGAGAGCUACUAUGGAGGGAGGCCAGCUCCCUCUGGCAUGCAUGAUCUGAGGAGUUAUAGUGUCUCUUAUGCUUCUUCUUCACAGCCACCCACCCAGAUGGGGAAGGAGGUGAAGAUCAAGAAGGGGAAAAGCAGCUUUGGGCCCUCUUCCAAAAGCUGGAGUUUCAAUGACCCUGAGCUGCAGAGGAAGAAGAGGGUUGCUAGCUAUAAGGUUUAUGCUGUUGAGGGAAAAAUGAAGGGCUCUUUCAGAAAGAGCUUCAGGUGGAUCAAGGACACUUACACCCAAGUGGUCUAUGGGUGGUGGUGAUUACUGGGUAUCACUCUGUUUUUUUUUUUUUUUUUGUUGUUUGUGUGUGUUUCAUUCAAUAUGUGAUGGAUGAUGUGAACCCUCUCCUCUGCUGCAAAUUCCCGUAUAAUCAAUGUCCUACACUUCUUAUGUUCUUUCCAUAAAUUAUAAUUGUAAACUGUCCUGUUCCUGUUUGGGUUCUAAGAAAGUAAUUUUUAUGAAACUGGAUCCAUGUCUAUUUGUGCUUGAA